AUGUCCGGUUUAGAAGAGCUGGUGAAUGCAGGUGUGCAGUUCAAAGUCCCAGCAGACAAAGUGUCCACCGUCUUAAAGUCCCUCCCGCAUCUCGUGUAUCGCCCCUCGAUUUUCCGAGUCACCUUCUACUCCAACGCCCACCGCAAACCUCGUGAGCCCCAGUACCGGAUGGACGGAUUGUACAUAUACAAGAUGGUAGCCCUAUGGGGCGUUCAUGACAAGGCCAUGAGGGCUAAGGUGGCCCGAGUCCAGGAACUCCAUAUACAAGGGUGUCGUUCCGGUCUGCUAUGCGAUUUUGAGGAGGGAUCUAUCAUCAACGCCCUUAGGCUGCAGCCAUCUAUCUCCAAUGCUGCCCGUCUUCUCCAGAAGUGGCACGAUGUGGGCAACUGCCGAUGCGAUCUGUAA